CAGCUCUGUCGGUCCUACUGCUCCUCCUGUCGGGGUCAUUCACAUCCCAAACACUUUUUUUUUUCUAAAAAAAUGUCUCCUCCGCUGCUCCUCAGGGCCUUCGUGAACGAGCGGCUGACAGCUGCUGCAGAGGAAAUAUUUCAGGUUUUUGAAAAAACUAUCGAAAAAUAUGAGGAAGAAGCUUCAAGCUCGAAGCAGGAGAUCGAGCGGCUCAGAGGGCUGCUGCUGGACUUCAUGUCAAACCAGAAGACAGAUGUCUGUAAAGAUGAGACUUCCCCUGAGCUGAGCCUCCAUCAGGAUCCGGACCGACACAUUAAAGAGGAAGAUCAUGAACUGUGGGCCGAUCAGCAACAAGAAGAAGAGCAACAGGUGGGAGAGUUCAGUAACGCUGAUGUCUUAUAUCCACCUCAUUCUUCUGUCUGGGAGGAAAACGAGCAGGAGGACACAAAACCAACUCUGCAACCUCAGAUGCAAACCUCUGAACACGAGGAGGAGUUUCAGGAGGUGCAGGAAUCUAAAGCGGUGCACUUUACAUCACCUCUGGGCUCAACCACGUCUCCGCAAACUCUCAUCCCAAAUGAAAGUGUCCAAGAUGGAAGGGAAAGUGACAGACCUGCUACAAGUUUUACCUUAAACCAAACACAGACGAGUCAGACUUCUUUUAGCGCUUCUGCUGAGUUAUCUCAUUUGAACUCAGUUGCACCAGACUAUCAUUGCUAUUUGUGCGAAAAAUCUUUCUCCUCCAGUCAUCACUUGAUAAAUCAUGCUUUCCGCGUGCAUUCAAAGGACGAAGGCGUCCUGUGUGCCGUGUGUGGAAAGACCUCAGAGUCCACCGAGAGUCUAAAUGUGCACCUUCAAUCACACAAGAGCUCCAGAUGUUGUCACAUGUGCGGGAAACACUGCAACAGCACGACCGCUCUGACGGAACACAUGGCCAGCCACGCCGGGGUGAAACUGCAUCGCUGCCACGUGUGCGGGAAAGAGUGCAGCCGGAAAGGAGAUUUAAAGAUACACAUGAGGAUUCACACGGGCGAGAAGCCUUUCUGCUGCUCGUUCUGUUGCAAAAGUUUCACCCACAGCGGACAUCUGAGGAAGCACAUGAGGAGCCACACAGGAGAGAGACCGCACAGGUGUGACGUCUGCGGCAGAGGAUUCCUACAAAGCGCGCACCUGAAAUACCACCUAGGGACUCACACUCAGAAAUACUAACCGUCCCGUCCACCAGAACAUACAACAACAAAAAUGUCCUAAAGAGAGACCUAAGGGGGAAAUGUUCUUCACUGAGUGUGAGCAGUAAGAUACGUUUAUUAUUUAACUUAUAGCAAAGUGUAAAAGUAAAAUGUAAGAGCUGCUGUCACAUUUACACACUUUAUGUUCUGAGCUGAGGCCACCAAUCAGAGACAACAGUUUACCCUACACCUGCCAUGUUUGAAAGAUGUUUGCAUUUGUUUUGGGUUUUUUUUAAGAUUAUUUUUCAGGUUAUUUUGCCUUUUAUUGGCUAGGAUAGUGGAGACGUGGGGAGAAGAGUGGGGGGAGGACAUGCAGCAAAUGAGCCACUGGUUGGACUCGAUGGACUCCACAGCCCCUCUACACAGGUCGCCGUCUUAUCCGGUUGAGCUACCAGGGCACCCGGUCGUUUGUAUUUUUUAAAAGAAAAAGAAAAUGUUUAGGAUCAGAAAGUUAUUUGCAACUGAUUUUCCUAAAAAUACACAAAAUAAUCAAUACAUCUUCAUUACAAACAAUGAUGAUGUAUGACAAGUGCUAAAUGAAACAAAUACCAGCUUUAUUUUUCAAAGCUGCAGCCUUUUUAAGCUUUUUUAUUUGAUUAAUUUUAACGACUGUUUUUAAGCAUUAAGACAUUUGAUAAGUAGCUCUUGGUACUAAGUCUGCAGUUGGAAGUGUUUCUACUUGUGUCAUCUUUUUACGCCCAAAAUUUCAUUUUUAGCAGUUUCGAGCUUUACUGAAUGUUCAUCAUUGACAUGAUUUGUGUUCUGGACGCUGUUCGGAGCAAUAACACUGCUGUUACAUCAAGAAAA